AUGGGGGCACGGCGGUGGCUCUGGGUGCAGCCCUGCUGCCUGUGGCCGGGCUGCCUGGCGCUUUGGGCUCAGGGAGUAGCCGGGCAACAAAAGCCGCCGCCGGUCCGUCCGGCAGGAGGAGCGAGUGCCAUCUACCCUGCGACCGCGUACCGGGAGGACGAGGCCGGCAUCGCCGCCGGCCGGGUCCGCAGGCGAGGACAGCAGGAUGUGCUCCGCGGACCAAAUGUGUGUGGUUCUAGAUUCCAUUCCUACUGUUGUCCUGGGUGGAAAACACUCCCUGGAGGAAAUCAGUGCAUUGUUCCGAUUUGUAGAAAUAGCUGUGGUGAUGGAUUUUGUUCCUGUCCUAACAUGUGCACUUGUGCAAGUGGACAAAUAUCACCUACUUGUGGAUCAAAAUCUAUACAACAAUGCAACAUCAGGUGCAUGAAUGGUGGCACAUGUGCAGACGACCGGUGCCAGUGUCAGAAGGGCUACAUUGGAACUUACUGUGGCCAGCCUGUCUGUGGAAAUGGCUGCCAGAAUGGAGGACGAUGUAUUGGACCUAACCGCUGUGCCUGUGUCUACGGAUUUACUGGCCCACAGUGUGAAAGAGAUUACAGAACAGGGCCAUGUUUCACGCAAGUUAACAACCAAAUGUGUCAGGGCUAGCUAACUGAAAUUGUUUGCACAAAGGCCCUCUGUUGUGCAACUAUUGGAUGUGCAUGGGGUCACCCCUGUGAAAUGUGCCCUGCUCAGCCUCAGCCAUGUCGUCGUGGCUUCAUCCCUAAUAUUCGUACUGGAGCAUGUCAAGAUACUGAUGAAUGCCAAGCCAUUCCUGGAGUCUGCCAAGGAGGAAACUGCAUUAAUACAGUAGGUUCCUAUGAGUGCAAGUGCCCUGCUGGUCACAAACAGAAUGAGUCAACUCAAAAAUGUGAUGAUAUUGAUGAAUGCAGCAUCAUCCCAGGAAUCUGUGAAGGUGGUCAAUGCUCUAACAUUGUGGGAAGUUAUUUCUGUGUCUGCCCACGUGGUUAUAUCACAUCUGUGGAUGGCUUCCACUGUAUUGAUCAGAGGGCAAGUACAUGUUUCUCCAACAUAGUGAAUGGACGCUGUGCACAGGAGCUUCCUGGUAGUUUCAGCAAAAGGAAGUGCUGCUGUGAGUCUGGGCAGUGCUGGGCCAUCGGGUCUGUCCCAGAGAUGUGUCCUGUCAGAGGAUCUGAAAAACACAGCAGACUUUGUAUGGAUGGUCCUUCUGCUGGAGGUGGUUCCAGAGGUGUUGGGACAGGAAGAAACAUGUUCCUUCCUGGUGGUAAUGGUAAUGGCUAUGGCCCAGGAAGAGCAGGAUUUAUUCCUACCCAUGGAAGCAAUGGUUUCUCCGCAGGCCUAGGCAGAGCAGGGGUAGGGACAGGGAGUCAACAAGUUCCCACUGGAAACAGCCCAAUAAUUACAGGACUAACUAUACUCAAUCAGACAAUAGACAUCUGUAAGCACCAUCCCAACUUUUGCUUAAAUGGAUGUUGUAUACCAACCCUGUCUAGUUACCGAUGUGAGUGCAACAUGGGUUAUAAACAGGAUGCAAACAGGGAUUGUAUUGAUGCUGAUGAAUGCAUAUCAAACCCAUGCUCUAAUGGAGACUGUGUCAACACACCUGGUUCAUAUUACUGCAAGUGCCACACAGGUUUCCAGAGAACUCCUACUAAGCAAGCUUGUAUUGAUGUAGAUGAGUGCAUCCAAAAUGGUGUUCUUUGUAAAAAUGGCCGGUGUGUAAACACUGAUGGAAGUUUCCAGUGUAUUUGCAAUUCUGGUUUUGAACUAACUACAGAUGGCAAAAAUUGUGUGGACCAUGAUGAGUGUACCACUACAAAUAUGUGUUUAAAUGGGAUGUGCAUAAAUGAAGAUGGGAGUUUCAAAUGCAUCUGCAAACCAGGAUUUGCUCUGGUUCCAAAUGGAUGUUACUGCACUGAUACUGAUGAAUGUCAGACAUCAGGAAUUUGCAUGAAUGGUCACUGCAUAAAUACUGAAGGAUCCUUUUGGUGUGAAUGUCCACUUGGCUUGGCUGUUGGAGUUGAUGGUCGUGUGUGUGUGGAUACUCAUAUGCGUAGCACAUGCUAUGGAGGCAUGAAAAAAGGAGCAUGUGUCCGUCCUUUACCUGGUGCUAUGACAAAGUCUGAAUGUUGCUGUGCCAAUCCUGACUAUGCUUUUGGAGAGCCAUGCCAUCCCUGCCCUGCUAAGAACUUGGCUGAAUUCCAUGGCCUCUGUAGCAGUGGAAUAGGUAUUACUGUGGAUGGACGAGAUAUAGAUGAGGGCACAUUGGAUCCUGAUAUUUGCUCUAAUGGCAUUUGUGAAAACUUACAUGGAAGCUAUCAUUGUAACUGUAACAGUGGCUAUGAGCCUGAUCCUUCUGGAAGGAAUUGUGUGGACAUUGAUGAAUGUUCAGUGAACGGGUUGCUGUGUGACAACGGGCUCUGCCGAAACACUCCUGGAAGUUACAGCUGCACUUGUCCAAAGGGUUAUGUGUUCAGCCCUGAGACAGACACAUGCAAAGAUACAAAUGAAUGUGAAAGCAAUCCGUGUGUCAAUGGAGCCUGCAGGAACAGUCUUGGGUCUUUCAAUUGUGAAUGUUCACCUGGCAGCAAAUUGGAUUCUACAAGACUGAUAUGUAUAGAUAGCCUGAAAGGGACUUGCUGGCUUAACAUUCACGACAAUCGCUGUGAAGUCAACGUCAAUGGUGCCACACUGAAAUCUGAGUGUUGUGCUACCUUAGGAGCAGCCUGGGGGAGCCCAUGUGAGCAGUGUGAAUUAGAUAUUCUCAUGGAGCAAUGCUACCUGAAAUGGGAUGAAGAUGAGUGCAUUCAGUUUGUACCUAGCAAGUUCCGUAUGGAUGUCUGCUGCUGUGCUAUGGGGGCUGCCUGGGGCUCUCACUGCAAGGAGUGUCCUAAGCCUGGUAGCAAGGAAUAUGAGGCUCUGUGCCCCAGAGGCCCUGGCUUCUCCAACAGGGGAGAUAUUCUAACUGGCAGGCCAUUUUAUAAAGAUAUCAAUGAAUGUAAAGUGUUCCCUGCUAUGUGCAUGAAUGGUAAAUGCAGAAACACAAAGAAGUUCAAAUGUAGAUGUAACAGUGGGUUUACUUUAGAUAUGGAGGAAAGAAACUGUACAGACAUUGAUGAGUGCCGGAUCUCCCCAGACUUAUGUGGAAGUGGUACUUGUGUCAACACUCCUGGAAGCUUUGAGUGCGAGUGCUUUGAUGGCUAUGAAAGUGGAUUUAUGAUGAUGAAGAACUGUAUGGAUAUUGAUGAGUGUGAACACAGCCCUCUGCUGUGUAGAGGUGGCAUGUGUGUGAACACUGAAGGGAGUUUUCAGUGUGACUGUCCUUUGGGACAUGAGCUGUCACCAUCACAUGAGGAAUGCAUAGAUGUUAAUGAGUGCUCAUUAAGUGACAGUCUCUGCAGAAAUGGCAAGUGUGUGAACAUGGUUGGAACAUAUCAGUGUUCCUGUAAUUCUGGGUAUCAGGCUACUCCUGACAGACAAGGCUGCACAGAUAUUAAUGAAUGUAUAAUAAUGAAUGGAGGCUGUGACACCCACUGCACUAACUCAGAAGGCAGCUAUGAAUGUAGCUGCAGUGAUGGUUAUGCUCUAAUGCUAGAUGUCAGAACAUGUGCAGAUAUUGAUGAAUGUGAGAACAACCCAGAUAUCUGUGAUGGUGGGCAAUGUACUAAUAUUCCAGGGGACUAUCACUGUCUCUGUUAUGAUGGAUUUAUGGCUUCUAUGAACAUGAAAAAUUGUAUUGAUGUGAAUGAAUGUGAUUUGAAUGCCAACAUCUGUAUGUUUGGGGAAUGUGAAAACACUAGAGGUUCUUUCAUUUGUCACUGUCAGCUAGGAUAUUCAGUCAAGAAAGGAACCACUGGAUGCACAGAUGUUGAUGAGUGUGAAAUUGGUGCUCACAACUGUGACAUUCAUGCCUCAUGUGUCAAUGUGCCACGAAGUUUCAAAUGUAGCUGUAGAGAAGGAUGGUUUGGAAAUGGCAUUAAAUGUACUGAUUUUGAUGAAUGCUCCAAUAGGACCCACCAGUGCAGUGUGAACGCUCAGUGUGUGAACACCCCAGGGUCAUACCGCUGUGCCUGUGCAGAGGGAUUCACUGGGGAUGGUUUUUCUUGUUCUGAUGUUGAUGAGUGUGCAGAAAAUGUUAAUGCGUGUGAAAAUGGACAGUGUUUGAAUGUCCCUGGUUCCUACCAUUGUGAGUGUGAAAUGGGAUUCACUCCUGCUUCUGACAGUAAGUCAUGCCAAGAUAUCGAUGAAUGCUCCUUCCAGAACAUAUGUGUGUUUGGUACCUGUAAUAAUCUACCUGGAAUGUUUCACUGUAUCUGUUGUGAUGGCUAUGAACUAGAUCGAACUGGGGGAAACUGUACAGAUAUCGAUGAAUGUGCUGAUCCCAUUAACUGUGUUAAUGGUCUUUGUGUAAAUACUCCUGGAAGGUAUGAGUGUAAUUGUCCUCCAGACUUCCAGUUAAAUCCUACUGGAGUGGGUUGUGUGGAUAACCGUAUUGGCAAUUGCUACCUGAAGUAUGGACCACGAGGGGAUGGAAGCCUGUCCUGCAACACUGAAAUUGGGGUUGGCAUCAGUCGUUCCUCGUGCUGCUGCUCUCUAGGAAAGGCUUGGGGAGACCCCUGUGAGACAUGUCCCCCUGUAAACAGCACGGAAUAUAAUAUUCUCUGUCCUGGGGGAGAAGGAUUCAGACCAAACCCCGUCACUAUAAUUUUAGAAGACAUUGAUGAAUGUCAGGAACUGCCAGGUCUCUGCCAAGGUGGAAACUGCAUCAAUACUUUUGGCAGCUUCCAGUGUGAAUGUCCAGAAGGCUACUACCUCAGUGAAGAGACAAGAAUCUGUGAAGACAUUGAUGAGUGUGUGGCACAUCCUGGUGAAUGUGGUCCUGGCACUUGCUACAAUACCUUGGGGAACUACACUUGUCUUUGCCCACCUGAAUAUAUGCAGGCAAAUGGAGGACAUAACUGCAUAGACAUGAGGAAAAGUUUUUGCUACAGAAGCUAUAAUGGAAGCUCCUGUGAGAAUGAACUGCCCUUCAAUUUGACCAAAAGGAUGUGUUGCUGCACAUACAAUGUUGGGAAAGCCUGGAACAAACCAUGUGAACUGUGUCCCUCUCCAGGAACAGCUGAAUUCAAGAACAUAUGUGGGAAUAUUCCUGGUUUCACUUUUGACAUUCAUACUGGAAAAGCUGUUGACAUUGAUGAAUGUAAGGAAAUCCCAGGAAUCUGUGCAAAUGGUGUUUGCAUCAAUCAGAUUGGUAGCUUUCGAUGUGAAUGCCCCCCUGGAUUCAGCUACAAUGACCUGCUCUUGGUCUGUGAAGAUAUUGAUGAGUGCAGCAAUGGGGACACUCUGUGCCAGAAAAACGCAGACUUUAUCAACAGCCCUGGGAGUUACCGCUGUGAAUGUGCUGCUGGUUUUAGACUUUCACCCAAUGGUGCCUGUGUUGAUCGCAAUGAAUGUCUGGAAAUUCCUAAUGUUUGCAGUCAUGGUUUAUGUGUGGACAUUCAAGGAAGUUACCAGUGUAUAUGUCACAAUGGUUUUAAAGCUUCACAAGACCAGACAAUGUGCAUGGAUGUUGAUGAAUGUGAACGCUAUCCAUGUGGAAAUGGAACUUUUAAAAACACAGUUGGAUCGUAUAACUGCCUGUGUUACCCAGGAUUUGAAUUAACUCAUAAUAAUGAUUGUAUGGAUAUUGAUGAAUGCAGUUCCUUAUUUGGUGAGGUGUGCAGAAAUGGACAGUGUUUCAAUGAAAUUGGUUCCUUCAAAUGUUUAUGUAAUGAAGGAUAUGAACUUACUCUAGAUGUCAAGAAUUGCAUUGAUACUAAUGAGUGUGUGGCACUACCUGGUUCAUGCUUUCCUGGUACUUGUCAAAAUUUGGAAGGAUCAUUCAGGUGCAUCUGUCCGCCAGGAUACGAAGUAAAGAGUGAAAGUUGUAUUGAUAUUAAUGAGUGUAAGGAGGACCCCAACAUCUGUCUGUCUGGCUCCUGUACAAACACUCUGGGAGGUUUCCUGUGCGUCUGUCCUACAGGUUUUGUGUUGUCUGAUAAUGGUCGGAGAUGUUUUGAUACUCGCCAUAGCUUCUGUUUCACUAGCUUUGAGAAUGGGAAAUGCUCAGUGCCCAAGGCUUUCAACACCACAAAGGCAAAGUGUUGCUGCAGUAAAAUGCCAGGAGAAGGCUGGGGUGAUCCAUGUGAACUCUGUCCAAAGGAAGAAGAGGUUGCUUUUCAGGACCUGUGUCCAUAUGGCCAUGGAACUAUUCCUGGAAUUGAUGAUACACGUGAAGAUGUCAAUGAAUGCCUUGAAAGCCCAGGGAUUUGCUCAAAUGGUCACUGCAUCAAUACGGAUGGAUCAUUCUGCUGUGAGUGCCCCAUGGGAUACAACUUAGAUUACACUGGAAUACAUUGCAUCGAUACUGAUGAAUGUUCAGUUGGCAACCCAUGUGGAAAUGGUACAUGCACUAACAUGAUAGGCAGUUUUGAGUGCAACUGUCAUGAAGGAUUUGAGCCAGGCCCGAUGAUGAAUUGUGAAGCUAUAAAUGAGUGUGCUCAGAAUCCCUUAUUGUGUGCUUUUCGUUGUAUCAACACUUAUGGUUUCUAUGCAUGCACUUGUCCAGUUGGCUAUGAACUAAGAGAAGACCGAAAGAUGUGCAAAGAUCUAGAUGAAUGUGCUGAAGGUCUCCAUGACUGUGAAUCAAGAGGCAUGAUGUGCAAAAAUUUGAUUGGUACUUUCAUGUGCAUUUGUCCUCCUGGAAUGAGCCGGAGAUUUGAUGGACAAGGCUGCACAGAUGAAAAUGAAUGCCGCACCAAGCAAGGUAUCUGUGAAAAUGGCCAUUGCUUGAACAUUAUUGAGAGUUACCGAUGUGAAUGUAAUGAAGGAUUCCUAUCAAGUCCAUCAGGUGUUGAGUGUCUUGAUGAUCGCCAAGGGUUUUGCUUUGCUGAAGUUUUACAGACCAUGUGUCAGAUGGCUUCAAGCAGACGGAAUCUUGUCACUAAAUCUGAGUGCUGCUGUGAUGGAGGCCAGGGCUGGGGUAACCAGUGUGAGCUCUGUCCCCUUCCUGGAACCACUCAAUAUAAGAAACUCUGUCCACAUGGACCAGGCUAUACUACAGAUGGCAGAGAUAUUGAUGAAUGUAAGGUCAUGCCAAACCUAUGUAGAAAUGGACAGUGCAUUAACACUAUGGGAUCCUUCCAAUGCUUUUGCGAAGUUGGCUAUAACACUGAUAUAAGCGGCACAUCUUGUAUGGAUCUUGAUGAGUGCUCCCAGUCUCCUAAACCAUGCAAUUUUAUCUGCAAGAACUCAGAAGGAAGCUAUCAGUGCUUAUGUCCUCGUGGCUACAUUCUUCAAGAAGAUGCAAAGACAUGUAAAGAUCUUGAUGAAUGUCAAACCAAACAACACAAUUGUCAGUUUCUCUGUGUCAACACCCUUGGAGGCUUCACAUGCAAAUGUCCACCUGGUUUUACACAACAUCAUAGGGCUUGCAUUGAUAACAAUGAAUGUGGUUCUCAGCCACUGCUUUGUGGUUCAAAAGGAAUUUGCCAAAACACCCCUGGAAGUUUUACCUGUGAAUGUCAAAGGGGAUUUUCUCUGGAUUCUACUGGAUUAAAUUGUGAAGAUGUGGAUGAAUGUGAUGGAAACCAUAGGUGCCAACAUGGCUGUCAAAACAUCCUUGGUGGAUACAGAUGUGGAUGCCCACAGGGAUACAUUCAGCAUUACCAGUGGAACCAGUGUGUUGAUGAAAAUGAAUGCUCUAAUCCAAACACAUGUGGCUCUGCUUCUUGCUACAACACACUUGGAAGUUACAGGUGUGCCUGCCCAUCUGGAUUUUCAUAUGACCAGUUCUCCAGUGCAUGCCAUGAUGUGAAUGAGUGUUCUUCUGCCAAGAACCCCUGCAGUUAUGGUUGUUCCAACACUGAAGGUGGUUAUCUUUGUGGCUGUCCACCUGGCUAUUAUAGAGUUGGACAAGGCCACUGUGUCUCAGGGAUGGGAUUUAACAGAGGUCAGUACCUGCCACUGGAUGGAGAUGCUGAUGAAGAGAACGCUUUGUCCCCUGAAGCAUGUUAUGAAUGCAAACUCAAUGGCUAUUCCAAAAAAGACAGCAGGAAGAAGAGAAGUGCUAAUGCCACUGUGGAGCAAAUUAGCUUGGGAAGUCUAGACAUGGAUAGUCCUUUAAAGAUAAGAGUCAGCAUUUCCAGGAUUGACAACAAGAAGCACAUCCUAGAACUCAUGCCAGCCAUUGAGCCCCUUACCAACCAUGUGCGUUACAUCAUUUCAUAUGGCAAUGAUGAUGGCAUCUUUCAAAUCCAUCAGAGGGAUGGACUGAGUUAUUUGCACACCGUUGAGAAGAAGUCAGUGCCUGGAACUCAUACACUGGAAAUCACUAGCAUUCCUCUGUAUAAGAAAAAGGACCUAAAGAAACUGAAAGACAGCAAUGAGGACAACUACCAUGUAGGAGAGCUUGGGGAAGCCCUCAGAAUGAGGCUAUGGUUAGACCUCUACUAG